AUGGAUUACUCUAAGCGUGGCUUUGGGAAUUUCGGUGGUGGCAAGUUUGGUGAUGAUAUUUGGGAAAAGCUCAACUGUAUCGAGAUAUCCGUUUCUGUGGAGGCUGAUCGACCUGACGAUUUUGCUCAGCCCGGUGGUGCUCUUCCCGGAGGAUUCAUGUCGCAACCGAAGAUUAGCGUUGUGUUGCCCUGUGCUAACGAGGGUGAAUUUAUGGUGAAAACGGCGGAGUCGUUGAACGAAUUCACGCCGGCAUUUUCCCUGCAUGAAGUUGUUGUUGUUGAUGAUGGUAGCACGCCCCCGUUACGAACUUUGCUAACAGAUGAACAACAGGAAAAGUUGAAAAUAACGUGGGUUCGCCAUGAGCAUUUUACUGGUCUUAUAAAUGCCAAGAGUAAAGGUGCGGCAGCGGCUACGGGUGAUAUUAUAAUUUUCUUGGAUUGUCAUGUGAAGCCAGCUGAAGGUUGGGAUAAACCUAUAGUGAAUUAUAUAAGGAGUAAUUACAAACGUGUUGUCGUACCAUCAAUCACUGAUCUUGAUCCCGAUACGUGGGAGGAGCACCGUGGAGGGGGAGGCAUGUCGAAAUGCUAUCUCACUUGGGACGCUGAUUUCAAAUGGUUUACAUCUGAUGAUAUUUACGUUCCCAUCAUGUCGGGAGGCUUGCUGGCGAUGUCUAAGAAGUGGUGGGACGAAACGGGAGGAUAUGAUGAGAAUAUGCUGGGAUGGGGAGGAGAAAAUAUCGAUCAAAGUUUGCGGAUAUGGCUUUGUGGAGGAGAAAUUGUUAAUGCUAAAGAUUCCUACGUUGCGCAUAUGUGGAGGUUGUCGAGUCGGCCAAAGACACAAGCGAAAUAUACAGUCCCUGGAGGAGCGGUCACCACUAAUAGGUACCGUGCUGCGAUGGCUUGGUAUGACGAGUGGUUGGAGAAGCUCGAAACGUAUCCGGAAUUUUCCCAAUUCGCACCGGGAGGAUUGCGGUAUAAGGAUCGGCCUGAUAUAAGUAAUAUAUUGGAAGUUAAAGAGAGGUUGAAGUGCAAGCCGUUUGGAUGGUUUCUGAGGAGGUUUAAGAAGGUUUAUUUUGAUGCGGGUUUGGUGCCAAAGGCGGUGUUCCAUAUUAAAGAUGAGCGCACGAAUAUGUGCAUUGAGAGGAAGGGUGAUCAAUGCUUAGCGGUGGACUCUAUCGGAGGCCAGGUUUAUACGGGAGUUUGCAGCACUUGGGGAGACUUCACAAGUCAAUGGGUUCAGCUGGAUGAGUCCACACAUGAGCUGAAACUUGCUACUGGGGCGUGGGGAAAGAGCCGUAGCGGUUGCAUCGGUGGUAAGCGCCCGAAAGGAACUGAUGUCACUUUGGAAGAUUGCGAAAAUCCAAAUUUUAGGCAAAUAUUCAAGGUUGAUGAUAAAACGGGUGGAAUUUUGGAGGUUCAGAGUGGCGAGUGUUUGACGGCAGCGAGCGGAAAAUUUGAGUUGUCCCCUUGCGAGGUUGACAGCGACACUGGGAAGGUCGGCGGCGAACAGAAGUUUUCUUUAUUUGAAAUUGACGGGAAAAUUCGAAUCGAGGCGAGAGGGUUGGGAGGAACAACGAUGUGUGCGGACAGCGCUUCGGGCACACAGUUGUUGCUGUAUAGCUGCUAUGAUGCUAGUUACCACAAUACGAACCAGGGCUGGAAAUUUGAGGAUCGGAAAAACGGCGGAGCGAUACGAUUUGUGGGAAACUCGAAUUUGGGAAAAUGUUUUUCGGUGAAAAACGAAGCGAAGACAAUGCAACAGGUGGUGUUAGAAGGAUGCGUGUCGGAAGAUGGGGUGACGAAAUAUGGUCAGAAAUUUAAAAAGGAUUUUGUUAGUGCGGAUGGCAAAUACUUUUCCCUUCGUGAUGGCAAUCGGGCCCCCGGGGCGAACGAGAAAACAGGGCUUGCCCUAGGUUGGUACACUUGUUACACUGAUGGGAGUAAUUCUAACCAGGUUUGGGAGAUGAACGAAGCUGGCUUCAUAAGGGGAGGGCCGGAUAGGACGUGUCUCGAUUUCGCACCGGUUUCGGAUGCCCCGUUGAGCGCUGUGCAAUGCAGUCAAGCAAAGAACUUCAAAUGGGUUGUCUAUAAGCCUUUUGAACCUCUGGAAACGAGACUUUACCACGAAGCUGAGGAGAAGUACCCGGCUGUGCUCGCCAGUGCUGAUGUUGACUGA